AUGUUCGACUCCUUCAAAGUGACCAAACUGUGCGACCACGAAAGCGUCAGCAGCCACCUAAUAACGAUCGGGUCAUUUAACAUUCUCUGUGAUUUACCUUUGAAUAAAGAGGAAAUACUGAAUUUUAAGAAAAGCACAAUAAGCUGCAACAAUGUGGAUGAAGACAAAUCGCAGGAGGAUAAAUACAUACGGAUAACGAACCUGGAGGAAAAAGCUCUAUCGAAUAAAUUACUACUAAACAUAAGUAGCGUGCCGAUAAAAAUUCACAUCAUUUUAAUUUCCUGCAGUGAAUGUUUUAUGGGGUUACCAAUAUUUUGCAAAUAUUUCGACGUAUCAGAUACGCACAUAGUUUGCACAAAAUUGACCUUCACUUUUGCAUUAAGCGCGGUCGAGAAUUUACAGACAAAGGAAAAUUAUUUGCCUCCCUGGAAUGAGGAAGAUGAUCAGAAGAAGCAUUUGAACAAAGAUCAUUUGAGCAGUGAUAAUUUCAACACAGAUGAAUACUUGGAUUUAAAAUUAAGUUUCAGGAAUUCGCUACAUUUAUUAUCAUAUAAAGAAAAAAUAAGCUUCCAGCAGGAUGAUGAAGUUAUUUGUAUUACCCCCUAUAGCAGUGGGUACUCCCUAGGCAGCUGCAACUUUGUUGUUAAGACGGACCUUAUGAAUUUAUGCAUUAUUAACAAAAGCUCUUAUAAUGUUAAAAGGCACCCCUCUCCCUUAGAUUUGUCAUGUCUGGAAAAGGCAGACUUUGUUCUUUUUACGGCAUAUUCGAAGGGGGAUACAAGUACGGAGGGGCUGUCUCAGAGGGGGAACGCGCCAAGCGGAGGAGACCCAAAAGGGGAGGCCCAGAACAGGACCGUUGCCAGCGAAGACCCCCCCAGUGAAAGCCCUCCCAGCGAGGGCCACCCCACCGAACGAACCAGAGAAAAAAUAAACAUGUGCGUCGAAAAGAACUACAAAGAUAGCCUAAACAAGAUAUGCUCUAUCGUCCUGCGCACGAUCAAAAACAAGGGGUGCGUACUAAUCCCCGUAGACCUGCACUUCUUGUACUUCCUCGAGUUAAUCGAAUUGAUAGGCGUAGUGAUCAGCAAAUAUUUAGCCAAAGAAGAACAAGUGCUAAUCUUUACCAUAAUAGGGAACAUCAGUAAUGUGAUUCACCAAGCAGAUCUUUGUGCCGAAUGGGUGGAAGAGUCGAGGAAAAAAAAAUGCAGCAAAAUAUCCAAUCCACAGGGACCUUUUUCCAUUGAAAUUAUGAUAAAAAAUAAUCGACUAAUUACAGGAAAUGACAUAAAUGAUGUAACCAAAUUGUUUAGGUACCCAUGUGUAUGUUUUGUCCAAGAUUCUUCUUUGCGAUUUUUUGAAUCUUCCACUUUGUUAGAAAAAUGGGCCAUGGAAGAAAACAAUUCACUUCUGCUAAUCGAUCCUUAUUACGACCCUGUAUCAGUGUUGGCUCCCUUCCACAUUUACCUUAAAAAAAUAAAUGUCUUUUUUUGCCCCAUUUCUUGGGAUUUAAAUGAGUCAGACAUUUGGGAAAUUAUAAAAAACAACGCGAAUAAAAAAUGUGUGUAUUUACUCCCCCAUCGAUUGGGGGAGGGGUCCAGUUCACCUACGAUGAGCAGCCAACUGGACACCACACAUGUAGGCAAAAAAAGCAGCUACAACGUUGGGGAAAAAAAUGGGGAAGAAGAAAAUUACAAUAACAGGGGGAGCAACCCUCCAUACGGAAACUGUACAAAUGGAAAUCCACAUGGAGACGUGAACCCAAACGAUAUUAUCUACAUUUACCCAUUAAACACGAGGGAAAUUAUUUAUGACACAUUUUCCCAGGUGGGUAAAAACUUGCACCCCGUUCCCUUUACUGUCGACGGCACAAACAAUUUGAAAAAAAUAUUAACAAAGGUAGAUAACCUCCAUUGCGCGAAGGUCAGGUGCUCAUAUAAUAGCACACCCUUCGGGGAUUAUAUAAAGGAAGGUCAAAUGGAGAUAUGCAAAUCGGCCUCACAAAGCAUGGAGGUAGAUAAUAAAAAAAAAGAUAAUGAACGACUGAACGAAAAGCGUGUGAAUCUCAUGUUUGGAUCCAUACGCGAAGAAGAUUUCGUUGAUAAUUUAAUCCAAUUUGGCUACAGCAAGGACGAUUUAGUAGUGGACCAUUCAGAGGGAAGCAUCCCCAACGUGCAGACAGAAAAAUACCUGUGGAGCAUUACUAUCAAUUCAAUUAACUCCAAAGUGGUAUGCUACACAAAGUACGACAUCGAGGUGAUCAGCAGCCACGCGAAGCUGCGUCAACAGGUUAAGGAGAUUCUCCAAAAAGCCACGAUCACGCUGUGA